AUGGACCCUUCAGCUAAUAGGGCCAGAUCAAGCAUUGACUACUCCGCAUCUUCAUAUGACCAGGAACUCUCCACUGCCAGCAAGAACCCAUCAGGGGCCACCAGAAACCCCUCUUACUCAGCGUCUGGGAGAAUUGUCUUUUCUCCUGAGAUGAGGAAGAGCACAGACAGCUCUUCAGACAAUGGAGACAUUAUAAGGAGGUUGGUGGAUGUCGGGAUUGCACCGCCUCUGAAUGGUAUGUCCCAGAAACCACAUGGAGAAGCCUCUCAUCCUGUCUCUGACUUGGAUACAAAUAUUAUUCAGGGGCCAGUCACAGCGCCAUCCAUAUCAAAUGUGGUCCCAUCUUGUGUAAACAAUGGACAUGUGACGGGUGGCAUUCAUCAGGAACAUGAGCCCAACCCUGGUCAGCAUGAUCAUGGAAUAGGGCGAGGAAGAGGCAUCUUUCCCAGGAGGGGCCAGGGGAGUCUCAGGUUCAGAGGACGGGGAAACCGAGGGAAAGGACGAGGGUUUGGCAACCAAUUUUUCCAUAAAUAUGAUGCUCCUCCUCUGAAGAAGCAGCAGCUGGAAGAAGUAGCCACCAAUACAUCCGUGGUAUAUCAGGUGAGUCCAGAAUGAUGAAGCCCUCAGCUUGGGGUCAUCUGACACAACACAAGUGAUUGGUCCAUGUCCUGCUAGAUUCUGGAAUUAAAUGAGAACUACUCACCUGAGGUCUCUGACUACAAGGAGGGGGUCGUCCACAGAUUUAAUCCCGUGACGCAGAAGAUCGAGGUGGAGCUCAUCUCCAAGCUGAAGAGGAGGGAGCCGGGAAAAUUUGAUCUGGUGUACAACGUGGAAGAUGGGAAGCAGUUGGUAGAGUUUGCUGCUCCUCCGGAUUGUAAGAUUAAUGAGCUCUGGAGUUCUCUGAUCACACCGCGGUUGGUGAUGGAAGAGGGGUCAGAAGAGGAAACUUCGCCACAGCCUUUGUGA